AUGCAAACAGUUCACUUGGUGAAACUGCGUUACUGGUUGCAAAAUAAAGUAGUGCUGAUACGGGAUAUGGCAAUACCGGAAAGUAUAACCUACCAGUGCAGCGUGGAAAAUUGCAUGCAUAAUCGUGCUCCAAAUGCCAUAACAACGGCAUCAACAUCAAUUAUAUGUUUUAUUUACAUGCCACACGUCUACGCUGUCGAAAUCACGCAACCGUGUUUAAUAUUCCAGAAAGUGAUCGUGUGA